AUGGUUAGCCACCAUUAUUUCCCGUCUAUCCACCCUACGCACCACGACCCGUACUCGCUCUUCUACCGGGCCUUCCGUGUGCUCACUCUUGUGCUUAUCGCCCUCGGCAUCGCGACGCUGGUCCUCUGGUUCGUCUACCAGCCCAACAGCCUCAAGCUCUACGUCGACUCCGCCAAGCUCACCUGCUUGGACCUCGUCGACAACGGCACGACGCUGCGGUAUGAUCUCGCCAUUGGCGUGAUCAUCCAGAAGACAAACCGGAAGCAAGCCGUGUUGUACCAGCGGCUGGAGGCCGUGGCACUCUACGGCGGUGAGAAGCACUUAUCUGUAUACAAGCUUGAUCUUGAGUAG